AAUUCGACAACCCCCCACGGCCAAUCUUCGCCCGCAAUGGCCUUUGUCGCAAGAUAUCUGGGCCGUACGGCCUUUUCAGUCGCUCGGAGAGGUCCCGCUGCUAUUCAAUCCCGCCCAUUCUCUGUCUCACCCUUCAAAUUCAUGCCGGAAGAUCCGCCAAUUACCAAAGAACGUUCGCCGAAGGAUAAAUUGCCUGACGUGUCGGAGUACUCGCCAGAUCUUCUCAGCAAGGAGGAGCAGUCAAUGUAUGAUAUGCUAUCCCCGGAGGAACGGGAGGCUUUUGACGCAGAGCAACGUCGCAUGAUCGAAGAAUUCAACGACCCACAAGUGCGAGCGGCCAAAUUUGCGGAGAUCGAGAAGAGUGUGAGAGACAUAGAGAAGGAAGUAGGGUUGCGAUUUGAGGAUGUUCCGGACAAGUCCCGCGGCUUCUGGGCGGAGGAAGAAGACGAUGAAUUCGGCCUCGUGGAGGACGCAGACGACGAUUUCCAUGACGACGAAAUCACCUCCAUGGCGCACGCGGAAGUCGAAUUGCACCGGGAGAUUCGUGAAUAUGCUCGCAUUGCAGCUUGGGAUAUGCCCUUACUGAGCAAACUCGCCAAACCUUUCACACUGCCUCCUGAAACUCACAUCCUGCGCUUCCGCUACACCACGUAUAUGGGUGAACAGCAUCCAGCCGAGAGCAAGGUGGUCGUCGAAUUGGCCAGCAAAGAUCUUGUCCCCAGAUAUCUCUCCGAGGAACAGCGCCAGACCUUCCUGAAACUCGUGGCAACCCGCUACAACCCCGAUACGGACAUUGUACGCAUGUCCUGCGAGAAAUUCACAACUCGCGCCCAGAACAAGCGAUACCUGGGUGACAUUGUCAACACCCUGAUCAAAGAGGCGAAGGAAGGCGACUCCUUCGCAGACAUCCCGCUCGACCUCCGCCAUCACAAGCCCAAGACUCAACUGCGCUUCCCCGAGGAGUGGGCGAUGACAGAGCAGCGGAGGAAGCAACUCGAGGCCACACGGAGAGAGAGACAGCUCAACGAGCAAACACGGCGGGCAGUCGUGGAUGGGAACGCCAUCGUCGCUCAGGCCACUCUGUCUCUGCCUUCCUUGAACCCUGCCUUGAGCGCCAGAGCCGCUGAGGAGCGGGAGAAGGUUGCUGUCAAGGUUGGAGCCAAGGGCCUGAAGAAGAGAGUACGUUAGACCCUCGUUGCGGUGGUAUAUUGAACUUGUCUGGUUCAUGUAUUCGAUGGAUGUCUUCUUUGCGUGAUUUUGAGUUCGAAAAUAUCAAGGGCGGGCGCACAUGUCAAACGGUCGUAUAGACUAUCACUUACACUAUUGUACAAUAUUCUACUUCAUGAGCUUUUCCCAUCUUUUAUACUGGGAUGUAAGUAUACUACGUUUCUGCUUCAUGCCUGUACUACGAAAGAGGAAUCAGAGAAAAGCUUCCAACAUGUCCAAUGCAAUCGAC